UUUUUAUGUUAUGUAUGUGGCGUGGUAGAUAUCGCCACAUUGAUUUUACCCGACCGAAGACGGAACGGGUCGAUAGUCACAUAGGCCGAUUAUUUGGCAUUAUACUGAUUACAGAUUUUAAAGUGACGGUCUAGCUAGAACGGUCCCGAUAGUCUUAUCGAUAUUUAGACUUUUGUCUACCUAUCGAUAGUAGCCUAUCAAACACAUUACUAAUCUCCUUGACUUUUCAUUUUUAAUUUAUGACAGUUGGUUGACGUAAAAGUUGACAGACGCGUAGCCAAAUGAGAGUGAAUUUGAUCUAUUUUUCCAAAAUAAGCUAAUUAAAUUGGGUUUCAGAUUUAACUGCUUCUUUAAUAUCUAAUACUAUGUGACUUUAUUCUGAGCCUCCUUAUUACUGUUAUUUGAUAAAGAAUCGCCUGUAAUCCAAGAAUUAUAGAAGUCAGCUGACGAACGUAAACAAAGGGCAUGUCAAUUUUAAUACACGAAGUGCAAGUGGUGAAAUAUAUAACAAGUGCUUUGUGAUAAUAAUAACAAUGGAUAUAGAUGGCUCUUCUUUACCAGGGGAGAUUGACCAAAAUCUCCUUUUACAGUUUAGUUGUAUGAAUACUACAGAUAGAGAGGAACUGAUAAGCCAAAUGCAAAGACUUUUAGGACCUAGUCUGAACAGUAACACUGCUAGUUUCUUUUUGGAUAUGACCAAUUGGAACCUGCAGGCUGCCAUUUGUUGUUAUUUAGAUUAUACUUUACCACCAAAGCUUCCAUCUAUGUCGCUGAAAGCUGCUCAAAAUCAAGAGACUGCUGUUGGACCUGGUACCUGUUUCGAACAAACUUGGUGUCUCGCGAAUACAGGAGCUGAAGGCUGGCCAGGUAGCUGUAGACUGAUUCAAGCUGGAGGCGAACCCCUUGGUGCUACUCCUGUUUAUGUUCCCCCUCUACCCCCUGGGCACUCUACAACAGUUUCAUUAAAGUUAAUCGCACCUAGUAACCCAGGCACACAUCGAGGCUAUUUUCAUUUGGUGACCGAUAGAGGAGACCAAAUAGGUGAUACUUUAUGGGUAGAGAUUACAGUGGAAUCAGAGAUGACAAUGGCCCUUGUAGAACAACUUGCUGCUUUGCCCGUCCCAAGUAGUAGGUUGGAAGAUUCAGUCAAUCAGAUGCCAUCACAGGAUGACCAAAUGUGUUGAUAAAUCAUGUAAACUUUAUGCUAAAGAUAAUUAUUUUAUACAUUUUUUUUGUAUACUUGGAUAUUUCAUUUUAGUUAAUAAGAUAUUUUUUUUUAUUUUAACAGUCAUUUGCAUAUAAUACUUGAUAUUUUUUUGUUUGUCUCACCAGAUAUCACCAACUUAGGCCUACUUGUUCAUCAUUUAAAUGCAUUUAAAUACUUGUUCGUACUAUACUGAUUCAAGUUAAGUGUCGGUAGUACAAACGAUGGUUUUACUGAUUCAAAUUUUCUGUAAGUUCAUUUUGAAAACUAUUUAUUUUCGUAGUAAUAACAACAGAAAUAACGAAAAGAUAAUUUGUUCGACUAUGAAUAUCUUAUUGUUCAACACUGUACAAUGACAUGCAUGGCUUCAUUUUCCACUCAUUAUAAUAUAUAUGGCAGGCAUAUUUUCAUAAUCAGAAAAUAUUAAAUGUAAAAUACAUAUCUCAGGUUUAUUUGUUGUCAAGCUGGCCAUAUUAUUUUGUUUUUAUUGACCGACACAGAAACGGAAUAUGACAGACUAAUUAAAAUUAAUUAGUGUGAAAUGUGAUGUACAAAAUGAUUAAGUAAACAUAGUUUUGAAUGUUAAAUAGAUGUAAGGAAACAGAAUUAUGAAUUUGUUAAAUAGGUACUGUUGAAAUAUAUAUCGUAGAAAUGUGUAUUUUAUUAACAUAAAAUUGAAUUAGGUUUACUUUUGGGUUUUCAUUGCUAGCAUCACUACACAUGUAAUAAUUCAAUUUAUAAAAUAGAGAUAUACAUA